GUGCCCUCGGCUCAAGGGAGGAGCCCGAAUUUGUGACCGCUCGCGCUGGCGAGAGCGUGGUCCUGGGAUGCGACGUGAUCCACCCGCUCACGGGGCAGCCCCCUCCUUAUGUUGUGGAGUGGUUCAAGUUUGGCGUCCCCAUCCCCAUCUUCAUCAAGUUUGGGUUUUACCCUCCCCAUGUCGACCCAGAGUAUGCCGGUGAGUCCAGGGGGGGCACGGGGGUGAGCGACGGGAGCCUUACAGUGCUCUCCAUCAGCCGGGAAGACAGGGGUGCCUACACCUGCCGGGCGUACAGCAUCCAGGGGGAGGCUGUGCACACCACGCGCCUGCUCGUUCAAGGACCUCCCUUCAUCGUUUCCCCUCCGGAGAACAUCACGGUCAACAUCUCCCAGGAUGCGCUCUUCACCUGCCAGGCCGAGGCGUACCCCGGGAACCUCACCUACCUGUGGUACUGGGAGGAGGAGAACGUCUACUUCAAGAACGACCUGAAGUUGAGGGUGCGGAUCCUGAUCGAUGGGACGCUGAUCAUUUUCCGCGUCAAGCCAGAGGAUGCUGGAAAAUACACCUGUAUCCCCAGCAACAGCCUGGGCCGCUCGCCAUCAGCCUCUGCCUACCUGACGGUGCAGUAUCCUGCCCGCGUGGUGAACAUGCCCCCCGUCAUCUACGUUCCCAUCGGGAUACACGGAUACAUCCGCUGCCCGGUCGAGGCAGAGCCCCCGGUCACUCUGGUCAAGUGGAACAAAGACGGACGUCCCCUGCGAAUCGAGAAGUAUUCUGGCUGGAACCUGCUGGAAGACGGGUCAAUCCGGAUAGAGGAGGCAACCGAAGAUGCUCUCGGCACUUACACCUGUGUGCCUUAUAAUGCCCUGGGUACGAUGGGCCAGUCUCCCCCUGCCCGACUGGUACUGAAGGACCCCCCCUAUUUCACGGUGCUACCAGGCUGGGAGUACAGACAGGAGGCAGGGAGGGAGCUGUUGAUUCCUUGCGCUGCUGCCGGAGACCCCUUUCCCAUCAUCGCCUGGAGAAAGGUAGGGAAGCCCAGCAGGAGCAAGCACAACACACUGCCCGGCGGCACCCUGCAGAUCCGCUCCCUCGGCAAGGAUGACCAUGGCGAGUGGGAGUGCAUCGCCACCAACGUCGUCGCAAGCAUUACUGCCAGCACCCACCUUACUGUCGUAGGCACAAGCCCUCACGCCCCGACCAGCGUGCACGUUGUGGCUGCCAUGACCUCAGCCAAUGUCUCUUGGGAGCCCGGCUACGACGGUGGAUACGAGCAGACUUUCUCAGUUUGGAUGAAGAGAGCCCAGUUUGGCCCCCACGACUGGCUAUCUCUCCCUGUGCCAGCUGGUUCCAGCUGGCUACUGGUGGAUACCUUGGAACCAGAGACUGCGUACCAGUUCAGUGUCUUGGCUCAAAACAAGCUGGGUACCAGCUCCUUCAGUGAGGUGGUCACUGUGAACACUCUAGCAUUCCCUGUAACAACUCCAGAGCCUCUGGUGUUGGUUACCCCACCGAGGUGCCUAACAGCCAACCGGACACAGCAAGGCGUCCUCUUGUCGUGGCUUCCUCCUGCUAACCACAGCUUCCCCAUUGACCGCUACAUCAUGGAGUUCCGCGUCGCAGAGAGGUGGGAGAUCUUGGACGAUGGCAUCUUGGGGACCGAGAAUGAGUUUUUUGCCAAGGACUUGUCCCAGGACACCUGGUACGAGUUCCGGGUCCUGGCGGUCAUGCAGGAUCUCAUCAGCGAACCCAGCAACGUUGCUGGCGUGUCCAGUACAGACGUAUUCCCUCAGCCUGACCUGACAGACGAGGGUCUAGCCCGCCCAGUGCUGGCUGGCAUCGUUGCCACCAUCUGCUUCCUGGCUGCUGCCAUCCUCUUCAGCACACUCGCCGCCUGCUUCGUCAACAAGCAACGCAAACGCAAGCUCAAGCGCAAGAAAGACCCUCCUCUCUCGAUAACCCACUGCAGGAAGAGUUUGGAGUCCCCGUUGUCUUCCGGCAAGGUGAGUCCCGAGAGCAUCCGCACGCUCCGUCCCCCCUCGGAGUCCUCGGACGACCAGGGCCCACAGGCCAAGCGGAUGCUGAGCCCCACCAAGGAGAAGGAGCUCUCCCUUUACAAGAAGACCAAGCGAGCCAUCAGCAGCAAGAAGUACAGCGUCUCCAAGGCAGAGGCCGAAGCCGAGGCCACCACCCCCAUCGAGCUCAUCAGCCGCGGGCCGGACGGCCGCUUUGUCAUGGACCCGGCGGAGAUGGAGCCCUCCCUGAAGACACGGCGGAUCGAGGGCUUCCCCUUCGUGGAGGAGACGGACAUGUACCCCGAGUUCAGGCAGUCGGAUGAGGAGAACGAUGACCCCGUCGUCCCCGCCUCCGUCACCGCCCUGAAAGCCCAGCUCACCCCUCUCUCCUCCAGCCAGGAGUCCUACCUUCAGCCACCAGCAUACAGCCCCCGGCUCCACCGGGCGCUGGAGGGUCCCGGUCCCCGGCAGGCCACCGGCCAGGCCCGCCCGCCGGCCCCCCGGGCUUUCCACCACCAGUUUUACGACUGCGAGGCGGCCGAGGGCGCCCAGCCCACCGGCUGCCUUCCUCGGGGGCCACCCCCCUCCUCCCUGCAGGUGGUCCCCGCGUCCUACCCGGGCAUCCUGCCCCUGGAGGCACCAAAGAGCUGGACCGGCAAGUCACCCGGCAGUGGCCAACCCUCUGUGCCCACCACCACCAAGUGGCAGGACAAACCUAUGCAACCCAUGGGAUGUCAAGGGCAGCUAAGACAUACCAGCCAAGGUAUGGGCAUACCCGUGUUGCCUUACCACGAACCGUCCGAGCCCGUCGGCCCCAGCGGCACAAGCACAUUCAGCCUGGACACCAGGUGGUACGAGCCCCAACCCCGACCUCGGCCCAGCCCUCGGCAGGUCAGGAGGGCUGAGCCCAGUUUACAUCAGGUGGUGCUACAACCUUCGAGGCUUUCUCCUCUGACCCAAAGCCCCCUCAGCUCCCGCAACAGCUCCCCGGAGCUGACCGCCCGUGCCCGGCCCCGGCCGGGCCUCAUCCAGCAGGCGGAGGUGUCGGAGAUCACCCUGCAGCCCCCCGCAGCGGUCAGCUUCUCCCGCAAGUCCACGCCGUCGACAGGAUCGCCUGCGCCGAGCAGCCAGGGAGGCAGCCCCAGCUACCGACCUACCACCGCCUUCACCUCCCUGGCCACUGAGCUGGCUGGGGUCGACCGAUCCCCCAGCGGGGACGUCCGGAGAAAAUGUCCAUCUCCGUCCGGGGACGCUGCUGCACCUGAGAGGCUCGAAGCUCUGAAAUACCAGCGGAUAAAGAAGCCCAAAAAGUCAUCCAAGGGCUCCUCGAAAUCCAGAAAACAAUCCAGUGAGUGCGAGGACCCCACGGUCCCCAAAAGCAUCCCCUCUGUCCCCCUGUGUUUUGAGCCGCUGGGCCCCCUGCUUUUCAUGGUCUUCGACCUUUAG